AUGGCGCACAGGAGCUGCGUGGGGAGCCUCCUCAUGGAUCUUUCUGCAACCAACGCCACCACAGCCGCCGCCGGCACCUUCGGCGCGACCAGAAUCUGCCGAGGUGGCAGCGCGAGCUGCGCUGAGCGCGCGACCGCUGCUUUCUCUCGCUCGUCCAACCUCCGUUCCAACAUCCAUCUCUCCUCCCUCGCACUGCCCAGAUCCACCGUCCGCUCCAGAAGACCCGCAGCUGCGAAAUCAGUCCCGCGUGCUGAGUGGUUUACGGACGACAGCAACAGCAAGGAGGAGACCACUACCUCCUCCUCCUCCACUUCCUCCUCGCAGCAAUCGCCCUCCAGUCGACCAUUCGUCAUCCCGUCGCUUCCUGCGUCAGACCCCACGGCCUUCAGCACCGUUCGGGAGCCGCGGAGCAUCGACGGCGCCGUGCCGCGAUGCGCGGAGGUCCGUCACUCCAUGUCCCUUCCCGAGUCCACCGCGCACCCGUCGCUCUUCGACGUGCCCGGCCCAUCGCCCUCCGUCGGCGCGAGAAACUCCGAGGCUGUUAGGGAGGAGCUCGAACGGUUAAUCCGUGCGACAAGUGCGGCGGAGAGUGCGCGUAUCCAGGAGCAGCAACAGGAGCAGGAGCAGAGGCAAGGCUGGAAUCCGUUUUCGGGGGUGGUGAAGAAAGUGGAAGAUGCCAUCCCGGCCCACGUGCGAGGCCUCAUUCUCCUGAACGUCCUCACCUUUCUAUACGGCAGCAACAUUACGGUGGUCAAGGAGGCCGCGUCCGUCCUCGACCCCUUCACCUUCUCCGCGACGCGCUUCGCCAUCGCCGCGGCGGCCUUCGCGCCGUUCCUCGCCUCCGCGUUGCGCACGCCGCACGUGCGCCGCGCGGGGCUGGAGCUGGGCGUGUGGGCGAGCCUCGCGUACGUGACGCAGGCCGUUGGACUCCUCACAACCGACGCGGGGCGCGCGUCGUUCAUCGGCACGUUCACCGUCAUCGAGGUGCCCAUCCUCGCCGGCCUCUUCGGCGCCAAGAUCCCGCCCGUCACGUGGGUCGCCGGCCUCGCCGCCAUCUGCGGCGUCGGGCUCCUUGAAUCCUCCGGCGCCGACUCCUCCUUCAUGGGCGACCUGUGGACCAUCGUUUCGGCGCUCGUCUUCGGCGUGCACAUCCUGCGUUCCGAGCACCACGCCAAGCACGUUACCACCGCCGAAGCCCUCCCGCUCAUCUCGCUCCAGCUCGCCGUCACCGCCGUGCUCUCCACCCUCUGGGUCUCCGUCGGCUCGUCCUCCGGCCUCCUCGCCGGCUGCGGCUGGGAGUCUCUCAUCGCGGGCGACUGGCGGGAGCUCGCGGCGUGGCCGUGGGUGGAGAUGGUUUAUACCGGAGUGCUGUCGACCGCGCUGUGCUUGUGGAUUGAGGUCGUGGCGCUCAAGGACGUGUCGGCUCCCGAGGCCGCCAUGGUGUACACGCUCGAGCCGCUCUGGGGCGCCGCUUUCGCGUGGGUGUUGCUAGGCGAGCGGUGGGGCCCGGCUGGAUGGGUUGGCGCUGGGUUGAUUCUUGGUGGAAGCGUGUCCAUGCAGAUGUUCGGGCAGGUGGAGGAGGAGCAUGAACAUCACGCCACCACCCCCGCCAUAGCCGCCACCUCUCCCGCAGCCAAGCCCCUUCUUGCUCCCGCCGACAAGACCUACCCCUCUCCGACCUCCCCUGCGCUCUCCGCUCUCGGCGUGGCCGCAGCAGUCGCACUCGUGAUGACGGCGACAACCACGGGGCUCCCUGUGGCUGACAUGGGCAGCAGCACGAACAGCGUGCUGACGUGGGUGCGUGGGCUGGGGCGGUGGGGCGGCAGCGAGAUGGAGAUGGUGAUGGAGGGCGAGCGUGAGGUGGAGAUGACCACCGCCGCCUCCGUGGCCGCACUUGGCGGCGAGGAGCUCGCGAGCCUCGCGUCGCUGAUCAAGGUGUAUGCUCUGGUGCGCCAGGAUGAGGAGGCCGCGGAGGAGGAGGAGGGUGAGAUGGAGAUGGUGGCUAUUUGA